CGUCGGGAAGGCUUAGCUACUGUAUCUUCCUUCGGGAUUGUUUCUUGUCCUCGGCCAUCGCCCGGUCACGUUUGGUGCCUGAAGGACGAAACAGAGUGACAGACCUGGAGACUGCAGUUCUCUAUCCCUCACACAGAGCAUUUAAGCUCUUGGAUCAGGCAAGGAAAAUGUCAGUGUCCUGAGCAUAUUUAGAGCAGUUGGAAGAGCUAAGAAGUAUGUUCGGCUCUUUCACCAUGCCUGGGUCACUUCCUUUGAAUGCAGAAGCCUGCUGGCCAAAAGAUGUGGGAAUUGUUGCCCUUGAGAUCUAUUUUCCUUCUCAAUAUGUUGACCAAACAGAGUUGGAAAAAUAUGAUGGUGUAGAUGCUGGAAAGUAUACUAUUGGCUUGGGCCAGGCCAAGAUGGGCUUCUGCACAGACAGAGAAGAUAUCAACUCUCUUUGCAUGACUGUGGUUCAGAAUCUCAUGGAGAGACAUGGCCUUUCCUAUGAUUGCAUUGGACGGCUCGAGGUUGGAACAGAAACCAUCAUCGACAAAUCAAAGUCAGUGAAGUCUAAUCUGAUGCAGCUCUUUGAGGAGUCUGGAAACACAGAUGUAGAAGGACUCGAUACAACUAAUGCAUGCUACGGAGGCACGGCUGCUGUCUUCAAUGCUGUGAACUGGAUUGAGUCCAGCUAUUGGGAUGGACGGUAUGCACUGGUGGUUGCAGGGGAUAUUGCAGUGUAUGCUUCAGGAAAUGCUCGACCAACGGGCGGAGCCGGGGCUGUGGCUAUGCUAAUUGGGCCAAAUGCCCCUUUAAUUUUUGAGCGAGGACUUCGAGGGACACACAUGCAACAUGCAUAUGACUUUUACAAGCCUGAUCUGCUUUCUGAGUACCCUAUUGUAGAUGGAAAACUCUCCAUACAGUGCUACCUCAGUGCCUUAGACCGCUGCUAUUAUGUCUACCGCAAAAAGAUCCGCGCCCAAUGGCAGAAAGAGGGAAAUGAUAAGGAUUUUACCUUGAAUGAUUUUGACUACAUGAUCUUCCACUCACCCUAUUGUAAAUUGGUUCAGAAAUCUCUCGCUCGGAUGGUGCUGAAUGAUUUUCUUAAUGAUCAGAACAGAGAUAAAAAUAGUAUCUAUAGUGGCCUGGAAGCAUUUGGGGAUGUUAAGUUAGAAGAUACCUAUUUUGAUAGAGAUGUGGAAAAGGCAUUUAUGAAGGCUAGUUCUGAAAUCUUCAAUCAGAAAACAAAGACAUCUUUGCUUGUAUCAAAUCAAAAUGGAAAUAUGUACACAUCUUCAGUGUAUGGUUCCCUUGCUUCUCUUCUGGCACAGUGUUCCCCGCAGCAGCUGGCAGGAAAGAGAAUUGGAAUAUUCUCUUAUGGCUCUGGUUUGGCAGCCACCCUUUACUCCAUCAGAGUUACACAAGACGCCACCCCAGGGUCUGCUCUUGAUAAAAUAACAGCAACAUUAUGUGACCUGAAAUCAAGACUUGACUCAAGAACUUGUAUGGCACCAGAUGUCUUUGCUGGACACAUGAAGCUCAGAGAGGACACUCACCACCUGGUUAACUAUAUUCCCCAGAGUUCAAUCGAUUCACUCUUUGAAGGAACAUGGUACCUCGUUGGAGUGGAUGAGAAGCACAGAAGAACUUAUGCUCGGCGCCCCUCCCCAAAUGAAACUUUGGGUGAAGGAGUAGGACUAGUGCAUUCAAGCACAGCAAAUGAGGUAAGUAGAGCAUAUUCCAAGUCCUGCAAAGAAAAUGCCGAGACUCCCUGCAACAGCAGCAGACCCAGAAGCAGCUGUCAUAAGUAACGGGGAGCAUUAAGAUCCUUCUGUGACGUGCAAGACUCUCGUGUGGGUUGGGGUGGGUGGGGUGUGGAUGGGAAUAACUGGGGGACUAGGAUGUCCGGGGCCAAUUUUAAAGGAGUACAUGUUAAAUUUUUAUGUGACUGACAUGGAGCCUGGAAAACUAUUGUGUUCUUGGGAAAGUCUCUGCUCAGUUUGCUAACAUGCUUCUUUUUGUGGUCUAGCCAGUGCUUAAUGUACUAGAAUGAUGGUAAGGGCUCUGUAAGACUUCAUACAAUUUUCACGCCAUUUGUAUGCAUGAAGUUUUAUUUCUGUUGUGGUAUGUAUGAUGAACCAUUUGCUUCUGGCAGAAGAAAGCAAAAGUGCUAGUCUCCAAUUUUAAUUUUUUUUUUU